CGGCGGUGUUAUGAUCUACAUUGACCGAAUAGAAGUGGUGAAUAAAUUGGCACCGUAUGCAGUGUACGAUAUUGUGAGAAACUACACUGCUGACUACGACAAGACCUUGAUCUUCAAUAAAAUCCAUCAUGAGCUGAACCAGUUCUGCAGUGCCCACACCCUGCAGGAGGUGUACAUCGAGCUGUUCGAUCAGAUAGAUGAGAAUCUGAAGUUGGCCCUGCAGAAAGAUCUCAAUGUCAUGGCACCAGGUCUCACUAUCCAGGCUGUGCGUGUUACAAAACCCAAAAUCCCAGAAACCAUCCGAAGAAAUUUUGAGCUAAUGGAGGCUGAGAAGACCAAGCUGUUGAUUGCAGCCCAGAAGCAGAAGGUAGUAGAGAAGGAGGCAGAGACAGACCGGAAGAAAGCGCUCAUUGAGGCAGAGAAGGCUGCUCAGGUGGCCAGGAUUCACUACCAACAGAAGAUUAUGGAAAAGGAAACAGAGAAACGCAUUUCUGAGAUUGAAGAUGCUGCGUUCCUAGCAAGGGAGAAAGCAAAAGCUGAUGCAGAGUACUACAGUGCACAGAAGCUGGCCGACUCCAACAAGCUGAAACUUACCCCUGAGUAUUUGGAACUGAUGAAGUACCAAGCGAUCGCUGCGAACAGCAAGCUCUAUUUUGGUGACCGCAUCCCCAGCGUCUUUCUGGAUUCCUGUGCCUUCCAGCAAGCUAAUCAGAGGACCGCCCAAGAACCAGUCUGCCUUCACAGGAGGCCCUGGAGACGUCUGGAGAAAGCCACCUCAGAGCAAAGGGAAGCACUGGCUGACAGUGGCAAGCUGCCCAGUGGAGCUCGACAGCUAGCCCGGCUGUGA